AUGAAGAACUAUUUGGCUUCUCUGGUGCUCGCCGUGUGUCUGCUCACCGGCCCUGUCGCUAGCCAAACGGUGUCUAUCAAUAUCGGGGGAACUGUUAUCACUUUAGCCUCGUCCGAUCUAGCGACGAUAUUGGCCAUUAUAGCUUCAUUGCAAGCCACUACAACUACAGCAGCAGCCACUACCGCUGCGACGACCGCAGCCACAACUGCUGCUACCACUGCAGCCACAACAACCACAGUCGCAGCUACUACUGCCGCGACGACCGCAGCCACUACUGCAGCCACAACAACCACAGUCGCAGCUACUACUGCCGCGACGACAGCAGCCACUACUGCAGCCACAACAACCACAGUAGCAGCCACUACUGCCGCAACGACCGUAGCAACAACAACCACAGCUGCAGCUACUACUGCCGCGACGACAGCAGCUACAACAACUACUACAGCCGCAGCAACCACGGCUGCUACGACUACGACCACAACAGCAGCAACCACUGCUGCCACUACUACGACUACUGCUGCUACGACUACAACAGCUGCUCCGACUACGACCACUGUUGCUGCUACCACAACAGCAGCAACCACGGCUGCUCCGACUACGACCACUGUUGCUGCUACCACAACUACAACCAGUGCUCCGACUACCACUACCGUAGCUACAACCACUACAACGGCGCCAAGUGUCACUGUUACACUUAAUAUUAAUGGAAAUGCCAUUACUAUCGUGGGUUCUAGUUCCGCUUUGGUGAAUUUGAUAACACAAAUUUUGGCUAGCUUGACGAGUACAACUACCACUGUUGCACCGACCACCACGACUACAACGGUUGCACCGACCACCACCACCACUACGGUCGCGCCGACUACUACGACGACUACUGUUGCACCAACCACCACCACCACUACUGUUGCACCGACUACGACUACUACUACGGUUGCUCCGACUACGACUACCACUAAGGCGGCAACAUCUACGACUACUACUACGGUUGCUCCGACUACGACUACCACUAAGGCGGCAACGACUACGACUACUACUACGGUUGCUCCGACUACCACUACCACUAAGGCGGCAACGACUACCACUAAGGCGGCAACGACUACAACUACUACGACGACACGACCUUGCGGUGUUGGUAUUGGAAUCGGAGGACUAGGGGGUAUCGGUGUUGGGCUUGGAGCAGGACUUGGUGGUAUCGGUGCUGGGCUUGGAGCCGGACUAAAUGUAGGAGCUGGUUUGGGAGGAAUUGGCGCUGGAUUUGGUGCAGGAAUUAAUCUUGGUCCCAAAGUUGGAACUGUCGGCACAGGACUCAACAUAGGCACGGGACUCAACGUAGGCACGGGACUCAACGUAGGUACGGGACUCAACGUCGGCACGGGACUCAACGUAGGCACGGGACUCAACGUAGGCACGGGACUCAAUGUCGGUGCUGGUAUCCGUCCUAUCGGAUCAUUGCUGGGCACAGGAUUGAACUUGGCCGGUAAUGUGAUUAAUACGGCUGGUAAUGUGGCCGGUACAGCGAUUAAUACAGCUGGUAAUUUAGCUGGUAAUUUGGCCGGCACUGCGCUAAAUACGGCUGGUACUGCUGUUCGAGGAGUAGUCGGAGCCGCUACCAACGUGCUAGGCGCGGCCACCAACGUGGUUGGUAAUGUAGCCGGCGGACUUUUGGGAGGGUUGACCAAUGGUCUUCAGGCUGCCUCUAACGUAGGCACCAAGCUGAAUGUCGGUGGAAGUGUGUCCGCAGGUGGUGGACUCCUUGGAGGCCUGUCCGGUGGACUUACAGGACGUCUUGGGUUCGGAUUUGCUGGAUAA